UCUCAUAGUUCGGAUCACUUUAAUAAGCGCACUGACAUCUUUCGCCUCAUUCAUCAUGAUAUCCCGAGAGGAGAUACUCAAACCAAUAUGGCACGCUUUUACCGCCCUGGACAUGGACCAAAACGGCAAAGUAUCCAAAUCCCAGCUGAAGGUGCUGUCUCACAACCUGUGCACCGUACUAAACAUCCCCCAUAACUCUUCAGCCUUGGAGGAACAUUUUAAAGAUAAUGAUGAAGGACCAGUGUCGACUCAGGGUUACAUGCCCUACCUAAACAGCUUCAUUCUCAGUAAGAUCCAGCCCAACUUUAACUUCAUCGAACUGAAUAAGAUGUGCUGGACUCUUUGUGCUCGCAAGCACAUCAGCGGCAGGCACCUGCUCAUCUCAGGGGCUGAGGCCUUCAAGAUCUGGUCUAUCUUCAACUUCCUGUCUGAAGAGAAAUAUCCACUACAUAUGGUUCUAGAGGAGAUCGAGGGGUUCCUGCGCAAGCUCUUGACAGUGAUGGGUUGCAGUUGGAACGAGAGAAGAUUUGAAGAUUAUAAAAUGAGCUCGAAGAAACAGGAACUCAACUGCUGGGAGCUGAUUGAACUCGUUGGCAUGGGUCAUUUCACCAAGGGCAUAAACCCUCAGACCAUCUCCAUGGGCAUCAAUGAGAUCUAUCAGGAACUUAUACUGGAUGUGAUCAAACAGGGUUACAUGACGAAAAAAGGUCACAAAAGGAAAAACUGGACAGAGCGAUGGUUUGAACUGCAUCUAACAUACAUCUCAUAUUAUGUAAAUGAAGACCUCGUAGAGCAGAAAGGAUGUAUUUCACUGGAUCGCAACUCUUGUGUUGAGUCCCUACCAGAAAAGGAUGGAAAGAAAAACCUCUACAUAAUAAGAUGUGUUGAAAAGAGCUUUGAGAUCAAUGCAUCAGAUAAAAAGACCAGACAGGAGUGGAUUCAAGCCAUCCAGGACUGCAUUGUCCGCAUAAGACAGGGCCUUUCCUCGCCACAACGUGAGGCCAGACAGAAACGCCGAGAGCAAAGAAACAGAAUGAGAGCUGAACAGGAGACCAUCGAGAACAGAAUGAGACAGCUUCAGCUGGCCAAUGAGACCAAGCAGGCCGAGCUAGAGGCCAUGAAUAAGGAAGCUGCGUCGAGAGACCAUGUGGAAGAUCAGAGAAUUCAGACCCAAAUAGAACUACUACGACAAUACAAAAGGGACCUGCAGCAAGAGAGACUGGCUCGAAAGCAGAUGGAGGAGCAGGUGGUCGAAAAGUCCAGCGUACUGGAGCAGUACUGGCAGCGUACGCAGGAACUGGAGGAAAUGUACAGUCAACUGAAAGAAGCGCUGGAGGACGAGAGACGAGCCAAACAGGAUGAAGAAGCCCAGCGCAAAGUGCAGGCCAGGCUGCUGACAGAGGAGGCGACCAAGAGACUGGAGCUGGAGGAGAUUUACAAGCAACAGCAGCAGCUUUUAUCUCAGUCUCAGAAGGAGAAAGAAGAGCUGGAGCAGGAGCGAUCUGAGAAGGAACGUUCCCUGCUGGCUGCACGGGAGCAGCUGGAGAUUCUGGAGAAACAGAGGCAGGGAGCGCAGGAGGAUUACAAGGCAGUUACAAAGAAACUGGAGCGGGCAGCUAAUAAGACAAAGAAAUGGAAACACAGAGUCGGCGAACAUGAGGGUCUUAUUCGACUCAUUCAGCCAGGUGAAGGCAACAAGUCAGCGAAUAACAUUACCAACUGGGGAACGGCGGCUUUCACUGGAACAGAGCUGGAUCAGAUUCAGAAGAACUGGCAAGAGAACAAGCAUAGACAACAUGAAGGAUAGUAACUCCUGAUGUGGACAUUUAUUUUGCCAUGAAACAGCCAGACUUCAUAAUUCUAUUGUUUGUAAACAAAUGAAUGCAUUCAUAUAAUUCCAGACAUACAGAAUGUUCCAUAAAGUUGUUGUUGCUAAACAAAACUGAUAUUAUUUCAUGUGACAGUAGUAUUGUUUGUUUUGAGAAGUACGGGUUAAUUUAUUGCAAGGGAACUGUUUGGUGGUGUUUUCUUUGUAGUGCUUUAGUUUUUCUGAUUUUAAACUGUACUAUUUACAGGUAUGUGUUUAGAUCAUUUUUGUUUAAUUCUCUGAACUACUAACAACAUUUCUCCCAAAUUUCAAAUAAGAAUAUAGUUUCUGUUUGCAUUUAUUUGCAGAAAAUUUAAACUGGAGGAACCGGUGAAAAUAACAGAAAAGAUAAUUUAUAUAUAUUUUCAGACCUCAAAUACUGCAAAGAAAACAAGUUCAUAUUCACUUUUAAAUAAUACAAAGGUCAUAUUUGUACAUGUAUUUAGGAAAAGAUCAAAACGUGUGUUUUUAUCAUAGCUUUCACGUGUCUUGUGAUGCUUUCAGUCUUUCACAUUGCUGUUGGAUGACUUUUUCACUCCUGAGGUUUAAUAUUGUUCAAAUUCAACAGACACUGGACUGAAAUGACAUGUUUGAAAUCUGAUCAAAUUAAAAUUUGGAGCGGUCUUUUAAUUUUUUAUUGUAUGGUACAUUCAUACAUGCUCGUGUCCAUUAGAUGUCACUGUUGAUACACAAAUUGGUUAAAGGACCAACUCACACCAGAGAUGCAAGUGUGCAGGUCUGAUCUCUGAUCAGCAUCACACUGAUUCACAAUUGCGUUAAGUUCUCUAAGCAUUGCAAUGUUAAAUCUUUAUCAGUCUUUGCUUUUUAAACCCAUCUUCAUCCAGGUUAAAAUAAAUGUAUAGGAUAUGAACAA